GAUAAUAUUCGAUGUGAAUACAAGCCAUUGUCCUUUGUAUAAGUAUUCAGCAAUUCAAAAGUACCCUUUCUUUUUGAUUGAUUCUUCAAUGUUGGAUCGUUCUCAAAGUCAUGACUGUGAGGAACUUUUACGUGUUAGCCCAGCGUCCGUAUUCGUACAAUCACGAAAUUUCAAGCUCAACUCAGUGCCGCCAUCUAAUGAAUGAUACAGAAGUUAGGCAUGUAAAUACGUAAACCUUGUAACCAGCUGUCAAAUGAAAGGGUUUCUUUCCUGAUUAGUAUUCUGUUGGCCAGCUCCUAAAAAUCUGAGUUCCAAAGCUUGGUAUAGUAAUCUUGGGAUCUGGUAGUUUAUUUGACGAACACUUACCAGCAACCAGCAAAAAGCAAAAGUAUGGAAGACAUUGUCAGCCUCCUGGUGAAACGACACAUGAACUUGGUUGUUGAAACCAUCUUAUCUUUUCUUGACCACAACAGCUUACAGAGCUGUGAGUUUGUAUCCAAAACUUGGUAUUUGGUUAUUAGGAAUGGAAAAUUAUGGAAGCGGCUCUAUGGACGUGUAUCACAGAGGAAGCCACUUUUGCAGAAUCUUAUGGCACGGAGGGAACUUGAGGCAAAGCACGACACUGAGAAUGAUGAAUUUCUGUACAAGAGAUUAUUCUAUGCCCAACAGACUCUUGUACAGAAUUGGAGCUCAGGAAAGUACAAGACAUCCUUAAAAGCUCUUGGUGAAGUCAGUGUUUCCAUUUUUACGAUGGAUGCUCGUCGAAUUCUCUAUGUCUUGAGAACAUCUCCUUCAGUUCCCUCUUCCAUCAUGGUAUGGAAUGGCUGGACUAUGGAAUCAGAACAUUUUCUGGUGGGCCACCAAGAAUGGAUAACAGAUAUGCAGAUCUGUGGAGACCUAAUAUUCUGCUCUUACUAUGAUGGAACCAUUCUCGUGUGGGAUCAAAAAACCAAAGAAGUUGUCCAGCAGUUCCAAGAUCAAGAAGUAGUGGAUUGGGUGGUGAUCCACGCCUCACACGGUCUUCUCAUAACCUGCACUAGCAUUUUAUCUGGUCUCACGGAUCAAGAUAUUUCGGUAACCAUCCGUCGAAUUCACAGCCCUACAGAAAUGGCUAUCGAAAGAGUUUAUGAAUCUUUUCGGAAGCGUUUUGAUCCAGAUCAUCACAAUAAUUACAGUUGCCAAGAGGAAUUAGAUGUAGAUAUGGUAUUAGAUUUUCCGCUUGAUCAAAUGCAUUUGGUUGAUGAAGGUGCAUACAUCACAGUUGAGCCUAUGUACAGUGAUACCCAGCCAAUUUCCUUGGAACAACUUGAUGUUGGUAACAGUGAAACCCCUGCUACUGUAUUGGAAAAGGAACCAGAGGAAAACAACGUAGAGUAUGUGCAGGGAGAGAACUCGUCCGUAAACAAUGAUUAUUUUGAAGGAGAUGAAAUGGAUGCAGGGGUUAUAAAUGAUGAACACGAUGAUGAAGCUUAUCAAGAUAGUGAAUUUCCAGCUGCAAGUGGUGGUGCUGAUGAAAGACGUAGUUUGGAUGAUACUUCAUCUGGUAUCGAUGAUUGGAAUGAAAUGAACACCUAUAACGAAUAA